UAAAAUUUAAAAACAGAGCCCGCAACUCCUACGGUCCUACCCAUAUCUUACGUUAGGCUUAGGGUUUCACCUUUCGAUCUUCAAAACCCUAAUGGCGGCACCGGCAAUCUCCCGGCCCAGAUCCUCCAAAACCGAUUCUUAUGUCGACAAUAAGCGCAAAGAGGACAUCCGCCAUGCCAACAUCGUCGCCGCUCGAGCCGUGGCGGACGCAGUCCGGACCAGUCUGGGACCCAAAGGUAUGGACAAAAUGAUUUCCGCCGCCAAUGGUGAAGUAAUCAUCACCAACGAUGGCGCUACAAUUCUCAACAAAAUGGAGGUCCUUCAGCCCGCCGCCAAAAUGCUUGUCGAGCUCUCAAAGGCUCAGGACGCCGCUGCUGGUGAUGGCACCACCACCGUCGUCGUCAUUGCUGGCGCGCUUUUGAAGCAGUGUCUCUCGCUUCUUUCCAGUGGAAUCCACCCCACGGUAAUCUCCGAUUCUCUUCAUAAAGCAUCUAUUAAAGCUAUCGAUGUAUUGACUGCCAUGGCUGUCCCUGUGGAGUUAUCGGACGGGGAAUCCCUAAUUAAAUCUGCAAGCACUUCUUUGAAUAGUAAAGUCGUGAGUCAGUAUUCUACGCUUCUAGCUCCAUUAGCGGUAGAUGCAGUUCUCUCUGUAGUGGACCCUGCCAAGCCCGAUUUGGUGGACUUGAGGGAUGUUAGGAUAGUGAAGAAGCUAGGCGGGACUGUGGAUGAUACGGAGAUGGUUAAAGGCUUAGUUUUUGAUAAGAAAGUGAGCCAUGCAGCUGGUGGACCAACACGAGUUGAGAACGCGAAGAUUGCAGUGAUUCAAUUCCAAAUUUCUCCUCCAAAGACUGAUAUAGAGCAGAGCAUUGUGGUUUCUGAUUAUACCCAGAUGGAUAGGAUUUUGAAAGAAGAGAGAAAUUACAUUUUGGGUAUGAUUAAGAAGAUUAAGGCGUCUGGCUGCAACGUAUUGCUGAUUCAAAAGAGUAUUUUGAGAGAUGCUGUCACGGAUUUGUCACUGCAUUAUCUGGCCAAAGCCAAGAUUUUGGUGCUUAAGGAUGUGGAGAGAGAUGAGAUUGAAUUCAUAACCAAGACCUUGAAUUGCUUGCCUAUUGCAAAUAUUGAACAUUUCAGAGACGAGAAGUUGGGGUAUGCAAACCUUGUUGAGGAGGUUCCUCUUGGAGAUGGCAAGAUUGUAAAGAUCACUGGGAUUAAAAAUAUGGGAAGGACUAGUACGGUGCUUGUUCGGGGCUCUAAUCAAUUAGUUAUUGACGAGGCAGAGAGGAGCUUGCAUGAUGCAUUGUGUGUGGUUAGAUGUUUGGUAAAUAAGCGGUUUUUGAUUGCAGGCGGUGGGGCUCCAGAGAUUGAGUUAUCCAGGCAGCUUGGGGCUUGGGCAAAGGUGCUGCAUGGGAUGGAAGGUUAUUGUGUGAAAUCUUUUGCAGAAGCGCUGGAGGUCAUACCAUAUACCUUGGCAGAGAAUGCUGGGUUGAAUCCCAUUGCAAUUGUGACUGAGCUGAGAAAUAGGCAUGCUCAGGGGGAGAUCAAUGCUGGCAUCAACGUCAGGAAGGGCCAGAUUACAAAUAUCUUGGAGGAGAAUGUGGUGCAGCCACUGCUUGUGAGCACAAGUGCAAUCACACUGGCAACAGAGUGUGUACGGAUGAUUUUGAAGAUUGAUGACAUUGUUACCGUUAGGUAGUUUCAAACUGGAGGUGGAAUUUGCUUGACAAGCUAUGCUUUGUUUCUGUUACAUCUUUAACUAGUGGUGGUGGUUGUCUUUGGAAGGUUCGUAGCUAAAGCUUUUGAUGAUUGUUGUGUCUGGUUGGUUUAUCUUUUACAUGCUUUUAGAAUUGAUUACUAUUGUUUUGUAGCUCCUGAUAUUCUAAACUUCAAGUUUGUGAACAUUUUGUAUUUGGUACGUGAAAAUCUCUUUGAAUA